AUGCCAUUUCCGUGGGGGGCUGCUAGACCCAAGUUGGGCGUUCACGGUAGGAGAGAAGAUACACAGAUCGACGAUGCCAUGGGCGUUGACGGAAAGUUCUCGGUGGCACUCCUGCGCGCAAGACCUGCGCAGCACCACCGCCAGGCAGCAGCGGCCUUGCACAGCAGCACGAUGCUCCUCGACCGUGGGGACAAGCGAGGAGAGUCACACAACAGCAGUGUCGACAACGGGGACAAGGAAGGAGACACGGGCUCGGCUGACGAAUCGAAACCCGCCUCCGUGAGGAGUGUGUCCAUGACGGACAAGGACAAACCCGACGUUGUCGAUUUGGCGGACUUGAUCAUGUCCGGCACAAGCUACGAAGAAGCGGUGAAGGGGACGGAGUUCGAUGCCUUAGACAAAGAAACGUCGAAAGAGUUCGAGGAGUCGACUCGUCGAUUGACGGCUCUGCGAGAGAACAGACUCGAGGAAUACCUGGAGGAGACAGGCGAGACGGAUCUACUGGACAAAGUUCGCGCAAUUUAUGGCGAGCCUGAGACCUCUGAACAAACUGACGGUCCUGCCCCUCCCAAGAAGAAGAAGAAGAAGACAGUGGAAAUGGCGCAAGGACAGUGGGCCGAGAUUUUGGUCCACACUGACCGAGUGACCAAGACCGUCAAAGGCGGCAUGGAGAUCCAGUACAGGGCCCUGGUGACCGUGGGCAACCUCCACGGUGUCGGGGGAUUCGCGAUUGGCAAGGCAGACACCCCUGCCGUGGCCAUCACCGAAGCCAGCCGAAAAGCGAAGUUGCUGCACAACCUCGUGUACGUGGAACGGUAUAAGCAGGCGUCUCUGUGCCAGGACCUCGUGGGGAAGCACAACGGAAGCAAGGUGUACAUCUGGUCGAGGCCACCAGGGUCUGGCAUGAGAGCGGGCAAGCUGUCGCGGGACAUCUUGUACAACAUGGGCAUCACGGAUGGCGCGUGCAAGAUCAUCGGAAGGCGCAACAAGUACUCCAUGAUCUACGCCAUGUUCGACGCCCUCGCCAAGCACCGUGGAAUCGAGAGCAUAGCGAGGGGGCGGGGCAAGCGCAUCUUGUCUCUCCAGCGAGAAAUGGCAGGGCGGUUUGCCUGAGUAGACGUGACCAUAACGUGCCCUUGGCGAAUCGUAUCUGUUUUGUUCCGAUGUGUUGAGUCAGCAGAGACCGGCUUGUGAAGGUUGAUUUGCUAUGUAGGGGCGUAAAGUACUGCGAGUGUUGGAGGCGUCAUCAACGACAAGAGCAACGUUCGAAAGUCGCUGAAGUGGAAGCAUGAUGCACACCGUCAAGUUCUGGUGCAUUUGUUUUCGUCAUGUCAGCGUGAGCAGAGUGAGCGAAGCAGCAAUCAACAGGACUCAUUUGAGCCUUGGGUAGUUAGUGCCUUUGGGACCGUUAUAUUUGAUUGCAUUCAUGUGUCCUCUCCCGCCGUGACCGAGCGUGGUUGGAACCACCCAAUACGCUGCCCGUCACUACAAAGCAUACAUGUACAAGACUUUUGGGCAGCUUACGCUGAGAGAAGCGUUCCGCAAGAAGCUUGUUAUCGGCGUUGUUGUAUGGCCGUCUUGUUGGUCUACUUGUCCUUGCUCUUGCUUACGUACGGUAGUCUGUUGCGACACCGAAGGGGUGCGAAGGGAUGCGUUCGCAUGGGGUCGACGAACUGGACACGCGCACACUUCUUGGCGUGUAUAACGGGUUGUUGGUGGGCAGGCGAACGUUAUUGUGAAAAUGGGUUGAUAUGUUGUGUGUAGUUGAAUUUCGAAGUUUCAUGU